ACCGGAACUGCGCAACUAAACUUUUUUCAGUCUGUCUGGGACAAAUUUACGACUAGUGCAGGAGAAGCAAGAACUUCCAAUAUUACGGCAGUGAAAAAUGGCUACCUGCAAGUGAAUCAAAUUCGCCAUAUUGUUGAGCAAGGGCUAAAAAACAAGUGGUCCAACAGGGCCGACCUCUUAGAGGAGCUGUUUCGCCUAUACAUGCGCGUGGGUCUGCAGGAAGAUACUGAGUACACAGGACGUCGUGUGAACUCAAGCAGCGCAGAAUGGGGAGUGGUCGCGCAAAAUGCUCCUCUGUAUGAUGCCAGUCAUUGAGAACCUAAGUUAUAGGGGAAUGUCGUUCCACCCAAAUAUGAAGGGGCCAAAGGUGGAGGGGAACGACAUUCCCCUAUCAACAUUCUCAAUGAGAGUGAAAGCAUUCAUCCUCAGGGUGUUGCAACUGGUUCUUCUGGCGGUAUUUUCAACGCAGACAGCCACACCUUGCCUGUGAUCACGCAUAUUUACUCGGGGGGUAUCCCGUGGCCCAGCGUGGAGGACCUGCAAGAAGAUAAGCUUGGAC